GAAGAUUGCGAUUUAUUGACAUUACUCACCGGUAUAAAACAGAUUGCAUUUUGUAACUGUAACAUAAAACUUGAAAUACUAAAAGUAUAUUGCGUUAUCUCAAUAUUUUUUGUUCACUUUAUUGAAACUUUGAUAAAUAGAUAUCAUUGAAAAAUACAGUGAUUUGAACUGUGUAUAAUUGUUUGUUACAGUAUAGUCCUUACAGUAAGAAUUGGCGGAAGUACAUACUGUCAUAUUCUCGUAUUUUUUAGACGCAACUUUCGCCAAAAUUCAGUUCUUAAAAAUGGUCAGUGGACGAGCUCUUCAUUACGUAUUUAAAGUACCGGAUCGAAAAUUAACAGCGAAGUUUUAUCGUGAGAUUCUUGGAAUGAAGGUAUUGCGACACGAGGAAUUUGCUGACGGUUGCGAAGCCGCUUGUAAUGGACCAUAUGCAAAUCGAUGGAGUAAAACAAUGAUAGGAUAUGGUCCAGAAGAUACACAUUUUGUAGUAGAAUUAACUUAUAAUUAUGGAAUUAAAGAAUAUGAAAUGGGGAAUGAUUUUCGUGGAAUAACAAUACGUUCUAAAGAGGUGCUUCAAAGAGCUCGUUCAAAUGAGUGGCCUAUAAAGGAAGAAAAUGGAAAAUUUAUUCUGGAAGCACCUGGUGGUUACAAGUAUUACAUCAUUGAUGAACCACAACCUUUGAAUAAAGAUCCUGUGGAGAAAGUAACUUUAUCUAGUUCAAAUCUUCAAUCAACUAUUGCUUAUUGGAAAGAUAUAUUACAAUUAAAAAUAUUUAAGCAAACUGAUAACAGUGUAUUAUUAGGAUAUAGUGAGGAUCAAGCUAAGGUUGAGUUUGAAGACAUUGGUACUGAAGUAAAUCAUGCAAAAGCUUAUGGACGUAUAGCAUUUUCAGUUCCCUAUAAUGAACAGCCAGAAAUUCAAAAAAGAAUACAAGAUAGUGGAAAUAAAAUACUAACAGACUUAAUUACUUUAGAUACUCCAGGAAAGGCUUCUGUAAGGGUCAUUAUUCUUGCUGACCCAGAUGGUCAUGAAAUUUGUUUUGUGGAUGAUGAAGGAUUCCGUCAGUUAUCAGUACCAGAUUAUCCAAGUGAAAAAAUUUUGGACAUGUAUAUUGCUAAACAAGGCUAAAUGAUUGUUACACCAUACAGUUGUUUUUUUUGAAUGUGCAAUAAGUAUUGAAAAAUUGAGUAUUACCACAAAUUUGGAAGGCUGUGUCAAUAGAAUUUUGUUGUUACAGAGGAAUAUAUAUGGUGGUGGUUUCUGUUAUAAAUUUUUAUGAAUAAACAAUAACUUUUUAUUAUUA